AUGGCCGAGAACUUAGCCAAAUCCGCCUGGACUGAGACGGAAAAGCUCAACUUCCUCAUCAGCGUGGUCAAGCACCAGCCCAUCAAGUGGGACGAGGUGACCACUCCUGAGGGCCGCACCAAGAAGGCCUGCCAGGAGAUGUUCAGACGUCUUCAGGCUUCCGUUGAGAAGGAUAACGAGGCCGGAAAGGGCGCCACCAACGGCAAUGAGGCCGGCGAACCAAAUCCACCGAAGACGCCGCGCAAGAGGGCCCCUUCGAAGAAGAAGGCCGACACUGAGGCCCAAGCUGAUGAGGAAGAUGGCCCAAAGACUCCGAAGCCGAAGGGCAGCGCGCGCAAGAGGAAGGAUGCUGGCGACGACAACGGGGCGAAGAAGAGCCCAACGAAGAAGGUGAAGGCGGCCCCGAAGGCCAAGUCCACUGAGCCUGAGGAGGAGGACGCUACAGUCAAGGAUGAGGAGGUCAAGGAUGAAGGUGCUGAAGAGGAUGUCUAG